AUGUUUGGCGAGCCAGGCCUCACGGCUAAUGCACUCGAUGUUAUGGAUGAGGGCAUUCCAUCCUUGCACCAAGACUUUGCCGUCUCGAACACGGCUGCCAUUGUACCGCCGGUGUUUGAAGAACGCAUCGGUGAAGAAUUAUUCCUCCGCACGGAUAGUUUCCAUGCUGGAAUCAGGUGA